GUUUAACGGAAGAUGACUUUGAAGUUCUCAGCAACAAUGGAAUAAUUGGAAGAACUUUUCUUCUGUUAACUGAAGAAAAACUCGAAAGUCGUGGCGUGAAGUUAAGACUAGCAAUGAAUAUUGCUUAUUCGGUUAACAAGCUUAAGAGGCAUAAAUCUGGCAACUCUCUUUCUAACUUUAUAUUAUUAAUAGAUGCUAAUGAACUUGGAGCGAGUGGAGGUGAAGAUAUGUCAGAUUCGCCUCCUCAAGCCACUACAUUCGACCAAGAAAAGUUCUGUGAAGAAAUUUGUGCUAUGAUAAAAAAUAUUAAAGAUGAUCUUAAGAGACUUAUUAACUAA